AUGCGGUCCCCACGGACGCGCGGCCGGCCCGGGCGCCCCCUGAGCCUCCUGCUCGCCCUGCUCUGUGCCCUGCGAGCCAAGGUGUGCGGCGCCUCGGGUCAGUUCGAGUUGGAGAUCCUGUCCAUGCAGAACGUGAACGGGGAGCUGCAGAACGGGAACUGUUGCGGAGGUGCCCGCAACCCGGGGGACCGCAAGUGCACCCGCGACGAGUGUGACACGUACUUCAAAGUGUGCCUCAAGGAGUACCAGUCCCGCGUCACGGCCGGGGGCCCCUGCAGCUUCGGCUCGGGGUCCACGCCUGUCAUCGGGGGCAACACCUUCAACCUCAAAGCCAGCCGCGGCAACGACCGCAACCGCAUCGUGCUGCCUUUCAGUUUCGCCUGGCCGAGGUCCUACACGUUGCUUGUGGAGGCAUGGGAUUCCAGUAACGACACUGUUCAACCGGACAGCAUUAUUGAGAAGGCCUCCCACUCGGGCAUGAUCAACCCCAGCCGCCAGUGGCAGACGCUGAAGCAGAACACGGGGGUGGCCCACUUUGAGUACCAGAUCCGUGUGACCUGUGACGACUACUAUUACGGCUUUGGCUGCAACAAGUUCUGCCGGCCCAGAGACGACUUCUUCGGCCACUAUGCCUGCGACCAGAACGGCAACAAAACGUGCAUGGAAGGCUGGAUGGGCCCCGAGUGUAACAGAGCUAUUUGCCGGCAGGGCUGUAGCCCCAAGCACGGGUCUUGCAAACUCCCAGGAGACUGCAGGUGCCAGUAUGGCUGGCAGGGCCUGUACUGUGACAAGUGCAUCCCACACCCGGGAUGUGUCCACGGCACCUGCAAUGAGCCCUGGCAGUGCCUCUGUGAGACCAACUGGGGCGGCCAGCUCUGUGACAAAGAUCUCAAUUACUGUGGGACCCAUCAGCCGUGUCUCAAUGGGGGGACCUGUAGCAACACCGGUCCUGACAAAUACCAGUGUUCCUGCCCUGAGGGCUAUUCGGGACCCAACUGUGAAAUUGCGGAACACGCCUGCCUCUCUGACCCAUGCCACAACAGAGGCAGCUGCAAGGAGACCUCCUUGGGGUUUGAGUGCGAGUGUUCUCCGGGCUGGACUGGUCCCACGUGCUCCACGAAUAUUGAUGACUGUUCUCCCAAUAACUGUUCUCACGGGGGCACCUGCCUGGACUUGGUGAAUGGAUUUAAGUGUGUGUGCCCUCCCCAGUGGACCGGCAAAACAUGCCAGUUAGAUGCAAAUGAAUGUGAGGCCAAACCUUGUGUAAAUGCCAAAUCCUGUAAGAAUCUGAUUGCCAGCUACUACUGUGACUGCCUUCCCGGCUGGAUGGGUCAGAACUGUGACAUAAAUAUCAAUGACUGCCUUGGCCAGUGUCAGAAUGACGCCGCCUGUCGGGAUCUGGUGAAUGGUUACCGCUGCAUCUGUCCACCUGGCUACGCAGGCAACCACUGUGAGAAGGACAUCGAUGAAUGUGCCAGCAACCCCUGUUUGAAUGGGGGUCAUUGUCAGAAUGAAAUCAACAGAUUCCAGUGCCUGUGUCCCACUGGUUUCUCUGGAAACCUCUGUCAGCUCGACAUAGAUUAUUGCGAGCCCAAUCCCUGCCAGAACGGUGCCCAGUGCUACAACCGUGCCAGCGACUACUUCUGCAAGUGCCCUGAGGACUAUGAGGGCAAGAACUGCUCGCAUCUGAAAGACCACUGCCGCACGACCCCUUGUGAAGUGAUUGACAGCUGCACAGUGGCCAUGGCGUCCAACGACACGCCUGAAGGGGUGCGGUAUAUUUCCUCGAACGUCUGUGGUCCCCACGGGAAGUGCAAGAGUCAGUCGGGAGGCAAAUUCACCUGUGACUGUAACAAAGGCUUCACGGGAACAUACUGCCAUGAAAAUAUCAACGACUGCGAGAGCAACCCCUGUAAGAAUGGCGGCACUUGCAUCGACGGCGUCAACUCCUACAAGUGCAUCUGUAGCGAUGGCUGGGAGGGGGCCUACUGUGAAGCCAAUAUUAAUGACUGCAGCCAAAACCCCUGCCACAAUGGGGGCACGUGCCGAGACCUGGUCAACGACUUCUACUGUGACUGCAAAAACGGGUGGAAAGGAAAGACCUGCCACUCGCGUGACAGCCAGUGUGAUGAGGCCACGUGCAACAAUGGCGGUACCUGCUAUGACGAAGGGGAUGCAUUUAAGUGCAUGUGUCCUGGUGGCUGGGAAGGAACAACCUGCAACAUAGCCCGGAAUAGUAGCUGCCUGCCCAACCCCUGCCAUAAUGGGGGCACCUGUGUGGUCAACGGCGAGUCCUUCACAUGCGUGUGCAAAGAAGGCUGGGAGGGGCCCAUCUGUACCCAGAAUACCAAUGACUGCAGCCCUCAUCCCUGCUACAACAGUGGCACCUGCGUGGAUGGAGACAACUGGUACCGGUGCGAGUGUGCCCCGGGUUUUGCCGGGCCGGAUUGCAGAAUAAACAUCAAUGAGUGUCAGUCUUCACCUUGUGCCUUCGGGGCAACUUGUGUGGAUGAGAUCAAUGGCUACCAGUGUGUCUGUCCCCCAGGGCACAGUGGUGCCAAGUGCCAGGAAGUUUCAGGGAGACCUUGCGUCACCAUGGGGAGUGUGAUACCAGAUGGGGCCAAAUGGGAUGAUGACUGUAACACCUGCCAGUGCCUGAAUGGACGGAUUGCGUGCUCGAAGGUCUGGUGUGGCCCUCGACCUUGUCUGCUCCACAAAGGGCACAGCGAGUGUCCCAGUGGGCAGAGCUGCAUCCCUAUCCUGGAUGACCAGUGCUUCGUCCGCCCCUGCACUGGUGUGGGCGAGUGUCGGUCGUCCGGUCUCCAGCCUGUGAAGACCAAGUGCACCUCGGACUCCUAUUACCAGGAUAACUGUGCAAACAUCACGUUCACCUUUAACAAGGAGAUGAUGUCCCCAGGUCUCACCACGGAACACAUUUGUAGUGAAUUGAGGAACCUGAAUAUUUUGAAGAAUGUGUCUGCUGAAUAUUCAAUCUACAUAGCUUGUGAGCCUUCGCCCUCGGCAAACAAUGAAAUACACGUGGCCAUUUCCGCUGAAGACAUCCGGGAUGAUGGAAACCCCAUCAAAGAAAUCACCGACAAAAUAAUAGACCUUGUUAGUAAGCGGGACGGAAACAGCUCCCUUAUCGCUGCCGUGGCAGAAGUGAGAGUUCAGAGGCGGCCUCUGAAGAACAGAACAGAUUUCCUGGUUCCUUUGCUGAGCUCUGUCUUAACCGUGGCUUGGAUCUGUUGCUUGGUGACGGCCUUCUACUGGUGCGUGCGGAAGCGACGGAAGCCAAGCAGCCAUGCGCACUCGGCCUCGGAGGACAACACCACCAACAACGUGCGGGAGCAGCUGAACCAGAUCAAGAACCCCAUUGAGAAGCAUGGCGCCAACACGGUCCCCAUCAAGGAUUACGAGAACAAAAACUCCAAAAUGUCUAAAAUAAGGACACACAACUCCGAAGUGGAAGAGGACGACAUGGACAAGCACCAGCAGAAGGCCCGGUUUGCCAAACAGCCGGCGUACACGCUGGUAGACAGAGAGGAGAAGCCCCCCAACAGCACGCCGACAAAACACCCAAACUGGACAAACAAACAGGACAACAGAGACUUGGAGAGUGCCCAGAGCCUGAACCGGAUGGAGUACAUCGUAUAGCAGACGGUGGGCGCUGCCACCAGCUAGGUAGAGUCUGAGGGCACUCGGAGCUUGUCGUUCUUUAAACUGUUGUCCUGUUCGAGUCUGAGGCUGUCGCUGACUUAGCAAAACCCCUGUGUUAAUUUAAGUUUUGACAAGCUGGCUUACACUGGCAAUGGUAGUUUCUGUGGCUGGCUGGGAAAGCGAGGGCUGCAUCUCACAGCUAUGCAAAAACAAAAACAAAAAAAACCAAAAACCCACAACAAACAAACAAAAAACCCACGUAGGCGAAAAGCGCCCUGGUGUUUGCGACCCCUCGCGGAUCGGGCUCCCAGGAGACUGCCCCGGCCUUGAGCUCCCACUCCUGCCAGAUGUCCUCAUGGUGAUGCAGUCUUAGGAUCAUAGUUUUAUUUAUAUUUAUUGACUCUUGAGUUGUUUUUGUAUAUUGGUUUUAUGAUGACGUACAAGUAGUUCUGUAUUUGAAAGUGCCUUUGCAGCUCAGAACCACAGCAACUAUCACAAAUGAGUUUAUUAUUUAUUUUUUUUAUUGUAUUUUUGUUUGUUGGGGGAGGGGGGACUUUGAUGUCAGCAGUUGCUGGUAAAAUGAAGAAUUUAAAGAGGAAAAAUGUGUCAAAAGUAGAAUUUUGUAGUUAUGUAAAUAAUUUUUUUAUUAAUCACUGUGUAUAUUUGAUUUAUUAACUUAAUAAUCAAGAGCCUUAAAACAUCAUUCCUUUUUAUUUAUAUGUAUGUUUAGAACUGAAGGUUUUUGAUAGCAGUGUAAGCGUUACGACUUCAUUUUUUUGAACUUAUCUUCUCAUUACGUGUUGCCUAUAAGCCAAAAUUAAGGUGUUUGAAACUAGUUUAUUUUAAAAUAAGAUGGGCUUUUGUGCCUGGAAUGCUGAUGGAUUUUUUUUUUUUUUGUACGACGUCAGAUGUUAAAACACCUUCCGUAGGAUCACUUUAAAAUGCGUUUUAAGGACUGACUGAGGCAGUUUGAGAAUUAGUCUAGAACAGGUUCCUUUUUUUUCCCCUGCUUUAGACUUGAAAAGAGACAAGCAGGUGAUCAGCUACAGAGCAAUUUAAGGGAACAAGCUGAGCUAUGACUUAACGUAGCCAAAAUGUGAGUGGUUGAAUAUCAUUAAAAAUAUCAAAUUGACUGUGUGAACUUGGAAGCACACCAAUCUUACUUUGUAAAUUCUGAUUUCUUUUCACCAUUCAUAUGUAAUACUGAACCACUUGUAGAUUUGAUUUUUGUUGUUAUCUGCUGCAUUUAGGGAGUAUUCUAAUAAGCUAGUUGAAUACUUGAACCAUAAGAUGUCCCGUAAGAUCACUGUUUAGAUUUGCCAUAGAGUACACUGCCUGCCUUAAGUGAGGAAAUCAAAGUGCUAUUACAAAGUUCAAGGUCAAAAAGGCUUAUAAGAGAGUAAUCUUGUUGGUUCACCAGUGAGACCGUGAAGAUACUUUGUAUUGUCCUGUUGGUGUUAUAUGAACACAGAAAUGCAUCUUUGAUGUGUUGUUCCUGGCAAUAAAUUUUGAAAGUAAUAUUUAUUAAAUUUUUUGUAUGAAAACAUGGACCAGUGUGGCCUCCUGUGAGCUUACAUGGUUCUCCGUGGCUUUGCUGUGUGCCCCUGCCACGCUGCUGAGCCUGUCCUGGUAGUCGGGUGUAACAGGCUGUGCCUGAUGGGCCCAAGGACGAAGAACUGAAUGGCUUUUCAACCAGAAACUUCAUCUGAGGUUCUCAAAAACCAUGGGGCUGCUGUGGAGCUGGAGCUUGGGAGCCCCGUCUCGGGGAGCAUGGAUUCCCUUGUGAUUCAACAGCAAGUGUGAAUACUGCUUGAAUAAACACCACUGGAUUAAUG